AUGUCCAACCAAUUAGCCUUACCUCCUGCCGACAAAGAAGAGGUCGUUAUCAUCAAACAGCCAUCACAAGAAACGACGAUGCCUAAACCCAAGAGAGCUCUACUCAUUGAUCUCAACGAAACCUACGAUGAUGACGGGUCUUGCUGGAGGAGGACGACGACAACAACUACACACCAAGUCAGCCGAAACCUCCUGUUGAUAGCAACGCAAGGCAGGAAGAACAACCUUUUCAGAUUGGAAACACACCGAGAUCUCCCGACUUUUUCGCAUUGCCUCAGCAUCAUGCACCUUUUCGGUUUGGGAACUUUCCUCCUCCUCCUACCCAAGAUAACAGAGCUAGCUCCAACUACGGCUAUGGCUCCACCCGAUUAUCUGGUCAGUGGCUUGGGAAUGUGCAACCUAUGGCUAAUCAUCAUAGCCCAUAUCCAUCCCGUUUCAGCCCAAGAUAACCGCCAGAAGCCUGAAACGGGGAUGGAUAUGGGCUCUGGUGAUUAG